ACACCCAUCCCUGUAUGGGACCUAAUAUAUAGUGGGAUGAGAGGAAACAGCAUCCAGAAGAGGGAUCACUCACACAAGGAUACUUAAAAGACUAAGCCACUCAUUCAUCAUGGCGUCACCACUAAUGCUGGUGUUUUUAACUGCUCUUCCUGGGGUCCUCUGCUGCCAAUCCUCAUUCAUUGACCUGGAAUCUAAAGGAAGUAACAAGUCAUCUAUCAGAUUCCUGGUUUUGGGGGACUGGGGUGGUCUGCCAUAUCCUCCCUAUAUUACCCCCAUAGAGAAGGCUACUGCCCGCAUGAUGGCCAAAACUGCUUCACAGAUGGGCGCGGACUUCAUUUUAGCACUUGGUGACAACUUCUACUAUAAGGGCGUCACUGAUGUCAAUGACCCUAGAUUCCAGGUCACGUUUGAAGACGUCUAUACUCAGGAUUCUCUUAAUAUUCCGUGGUAUGUCAUUGCUGGCAAUCACGACCAUGCAGGAAACGUCCUUGCUCAAAUUGAGUACAGCCAGAAGUCAAAGAGAUGCUGUGCCCGGAACUUCCCCUACUAUUAUUAUGAGAUGAACUUCCGCAUUCCUCAAAACGGACAGCACUCUGACCAUCAUCAUGCUGGACACGGUGGUUGCUGUGUGGAAACCUCCGAUGACUUCCUUGACCAGCAGCCCAAAGCGCCCCGCAGUGGUGUUCAGGCCAACAGACAGCUGUUGUGGCUCAGGAACGCUUGGGCAAUGUCUAAGGCUGAUUAUCUCCUGGUGGCUUGGCCAUUAUCCGGUAUGGUCCAUAUCCUGCGCAUGGGCCAACCGACUGUCUACUAAAGAAAUUGAGACCAC